AUUGUUUUUUCUUUAAUAUUUCGAAAAAUCUUUUAGAAAUGGCUCCAAUAGAUUGAAGAUGAAGAACAUGAAUAAUUCUUUCCCCAGUUCACAAGACUAUUACUUACAAGCUUUACCGUCCAUAGACUCUUUUGCUAUUGGUCCCAUAAAAAAAAAUUCCAUCCUUUUGGUUUCUUUCUCAGUCGAACAAUUAUGAAUGAUUUUGAUAUCUUGGAUUUUAUUGCUUCCUUCCUCACCUACUUAUUCGUGUAUUCUCUUUUCCAUGUGUUUUGGAAAUUUUAUUUGCUCAAGUUUUUGCAGCAGUCUCUUCUUCUCUCUGCUCAUUUUUAUGAGGCUACAGGCUAUCUAUAUCAUUGGAUUCAAUAUUCUGGAAAUGGUUUGAUUGAUAACUCUGUCAUUGAAAAUCCCCAUUUUUAAUCAUGGGUUACUUCUUUACUAGAAGAAAGCUGACGCUUUGGCAUGUACGAUUGACGGGAGUUUUGUUGAUUUUCAUCUGUUGUAUGGUGGAAGUGGAACCCAGUUUAGGGAAGGGUGUGGCAAAUGAUUCUAGUAUGCCAUCUUCAUUCUCUAGGCCAAAAUCUGUAAACAUUGGUGCUCUUUUCACUUUUAAUUCAGUUAUUGGAAGAGCAGUUAAACCAGCAAUUGCUGCUGCAGUUGAUGACAUCAAUUCGAAUUCCAGCUUAUUAGAGGGCACAACGAUAAACCUCAUCUUUCAUGAUACCAAUUGCAGUGGCUUCUUGGGAACUAUGGAAGCUUUGCAGCUCAUGGAGAAAGAUGUGGCUAUUGCAAUUGGUCCUCAAUCUUCUGGCAUUGCUCAUGUCAUUUCUCAUGUUGUAAACGAGCUUCACGUCCCCCUUCUAUCUCUUGCAACAGAUCCUACUCUCUCUUCACUACAGUACCCAUAUUUUCUUCGUACAAUACAGAGUGAUUAUUUCCAGAUGUAUGCUAUUGCUGAUCUGGUUGUGCAUUAUGGAUGGAGAGAGGUAGUUGCUAUAUUUGUGGAUGAUGAUUACGGAAGAAACGGGAUUUCUGUAUUGGGAGAUGCUCUUGCAAAACAGCGUGCCAAGAUUUCGUACAAGGCUCCCUUCCCUCCAGAUGCUUCAAGAAAUGAUAUAAAUGAUUUGUUAGUCGAAGUCAAUUUGAUGGAAUCUCGAGUUUUUAUUGUACAUGUAAACCCUGAUUCUGGACUGAGUUUAUUUUCUGUUGCAAAGUCUCUUGGAAUGAUAAGCAAUGGCUAUGUUUGGAUUGCUACGGAAUGGCUUACUUCAGUGCUUGACGGCUCAGGACCUGUAGACCCUAGUACCAUGGAUCUAUUACAAGGAGUUUUGGCUCUCCGCCAUCACACUGCAGAUUCUGUCCAGAAACAUAGUUUUAUGUCAAGAUGGAAGAAGUUAAAGUAUGUGGGAAACUCCAGCAUUAAUGCUUAUGCUUUCUAUGCUUAUGAUUCUGUUUGGUUAGCUGCAUCGGCUCUUGAUUCGUUUCUCAAACAGGGUGGCAACCUAACUUUCUCAAGUGAUCCCGUGAUUAGUGGAAGUGUACUCAACUCAUCUCUCCGUAGUCUACGAGGAGGCCAAAAAUUGCUCCAGACACUACUCGGUACGAAACACAUGGGCUUGUCAGGAGACAUUCAAUUUGAUGCAGAAAAGAAUUUAAUUCACCCUGCAUUUGACAUAUUGAAUAUUGUUGGGACUGGAUCUAAUAAGAUUGGGUAUUGGUCUAAUUACUCUGGCCUUUCACUUGUGACUCCAGAGAUCCUGUACCUAAAGCCUGCUAACAAAUCCUCCAGUAGGCAACAACUUAGGAGUGUUAUAUGGCCAGGUCAAGUCAGCAAAACUCCUCGUGGAUGGAUAUUUCCUAAUAAUGGUAAACCUCUGCAGAUUGCGGUACCCAAUCGUGUCAGUUAUAAACAGUUUGUUUCAGCAGACAAGGAUCCCCCUGGAGCUCAGGGAUACUGUAUCGAUGUCUUUGAAGCUGCUCUUAAAUUGCUCCCUUAUCCUGUUCCACACAACUAUGUGUUAUAUGGUAAUGGUAUAAGAAAUCCAGAGUUUGACAAUCUUGUCUAUGAUGUUGCAGAAAACAAAUUUGAUGCAGCUGUCGGUGAUAUAACUAUUGUCACAAAUAGAACAAGGAUAGUGGACUUCACACAGCCAUUUAUAGAAUCAGGUCUUGUUGUAGUUGCCUCAGUAAGAAAGGUCAACUCAAGUGCAUGGGCUUUCCUCAAACCUUUUACCGUGCAGAUGUGGUGCGUCACUGGAUCAUUCUUCUUACUUGUUGGAGCUGCAAUUUGGAUAUUGGAGCAUCGGAUCAAUAGUGAAUUUCGUGGUCCACCAAGUCAGCAACUUAUCACGAUAUUCUGGUUCAGCUUUUCAACAAUGUUUUUUUCACACAGAGAGAACACGCUCAGCACCUUAGGACGAUUUGUGCUUCUGAUAUGGCUCUUUGUGGUUUUAAUUAUCAAUUCCAGUUACACAGCUAGUUUGACUUCUAUCCUCACAGUGCAGCAGCUAUCAUCAAGAAUUGAAGGAAUUGACAGUUUAAUCUCAAGUAAUGAUCCAAUUGGGAUUCAAGAUGGCUCAUUUGCUCGUGAUUAUCUUGUCAGAGAGCUCAAUAUAGCCGAGUCUAGGAUCAAAAGCCUGAAGAACCAAGAAGCAUAUCUUGAUGCCCUUCAGCGUGGCCCUAAAAAUGGCGGCGUUGCUGCCAUUGUUGAUGAGCUUCCUUAUGUUCAAGUCUUCUUGUCCUACAGCAACUGCAAUGUUCAGAUAGUAGGACAAGAGUUCACAAAAAGUGGCUGGGGAUUUGCUUUCCAACGAGAUUCGCCUCUUGCAAUUGAUUUGUCCACUGCUAUACUUCAACUCUCAGAGAAUGGUGAACUGCAACGAAUCCACAACAAGUGGUUGACGACCGGGGAUUGCUCAAGUCAAUCAAAUCAAGCUGAAGAAACUCGGCUCUCCCUGAAAAGUUUCUGGGGGCUAUUUUUGAUCUGCGGCAUUACUUGUUUCAUGGCACUUAGUAUUUUUUUCUGUAGAGUUUGUUAUCAGUACAGCAGGUAUGCUCCUGAAGUUGUUAGUCAAGAUGAAAUUGAGGCAGCUGAACCAGUGAGGUCUAGACGUCUCAGCUCGACCAGCUUUAAGGACUUGAUUGAUUUUAUUGAUAGAAAGGAAGCUGAGAUCAAGGACUUUUUUAAACGUAAGAACAGUGUUGAGAGCAACCGAUCACAAGCUAGUCGGAGCUAUAGUUUAGACAGGGAUUCAUCUUCACCUACAUAGUUUAUGUAUGUAGUACUUCUCCAGGUUCAAUUGGACUAUGAUGCUGCCGUUUUCCAGGUUCAAAGGGGCUAUGCUGCAUCUUAUCUCAACUCCACAUGUAACGGCAUUCAGGAGAUUGCGAUUUGUGGGAUUCAUCUUAAGCAACUGAAAAUGCGAGAGCUGUAAAAUGUUUUCUUGUAUACGGUUUAGAGUGGAAAUUUUUCCAUAGUUAUCCUCAAAUACAAUUACUAUACAUAGUAAGUCUUGUAUACGAUUGUGUUACACUAAAAUUAUGGUAAGACAUCCCAUGUUACGUCUUAUGAGGGUCACUAAGUUAGGGGGAUUACUUUUUAGAUAAUAGUUACUUUGUACCUUAACUGCCCGUUUAGUAGUCAUUAAUAAAUUGCAGGAAUGGGAAUGAA